AUGCCGGGGAGCGGCGAGACGGCCAUAGGCAUCGAUUUAGGCACAACGUACAGCUGCGUGGGCGUGUGGCAGCAUGACCGGGUUGAGAUUAUAGCGAAUGACCAGGGGAACCGCACCACGCCCUCGUUUGUAGCAUUCACUGACACGGAGAGGCUGAUUGGCGACGCUGCUAAAAAUCAAGUGGCUAUGAACCCCACCAACACGGUGUUUGAUGCCAAGCGUCUCAUCGGGCGGCGUUUCUCGGACCCUACUGUGCAAGCCGACAUGAAGCACUGGCCGUUCAAGGUCUUUUCCGGUCCCGGGGACAAACCCAUGAUAGAGGUCCGAUACAAGGCCGAGCGCAAGCAAUUUGCACCCGAGGAAGUUUCCUCGAUGGUUCUCACCAAGAUGAAGGAAAUCGCCGAGACGUUUCUCGGAAAGAAGAUUAAAGAUGCGGUGGUGACGGUCCCGGCCUAUUUCAACGACUCGCAGCGGCAGGCGACGAAAGACGCGGGCGUUAUAGCGGGUCUGAAUGUAAUGAGGAUAAUUAACGAGCCGACGGCGGCGGCUAUCGCGUAUGGGUUGGAUAAGAAGGCAAACCGCAAGGGCGAGAAUAAUGUGCUGAUUUUCGAUCUGGGCGGCGGGACGUUUGAUGUGUCGAUUCUGAGUAUCGAGGAGGGGAUUUUCGAGGUGAAGGCAACGGCGGGGGAUACCCAUUUGGGAGGGGAGGAUUUUGACAACCGGCUUGUCAGCUUCUUUGUGCAGGAGUUCAAGCGCAAGCACAAGAAGGACAUCAGCAGCAACCCCCGCGCUAUCCGGCGCCUCAAAACCGCCUGCGAGCGAGCCAAGCGCACCCUCUCCUCCACGGCGCAGACGACCAUCGAGAUCGAUUCUCUCUACGAGGGAAUCGACUUCUACAGCACGAUUACUCGGGCGCGGUUUGAGGAGCUGAACAUGGACCUGUUCAGGAAGAGCAUGGAGCCGGUGGAGAAGUGCCUCGCAGACGCCAAGCUCAGCAAAUCGCAGAUCCACGAUGUGGUUCUUGUGGGCGGUUCUACCCGCAUUCCCAAGGUGCAGCAGCUGCUGCAAGACCUCUUCCACGGGAAGGACCUCUGCAAAAGCAUCAACCCCGACGAGGCCGUCGCAUACGGUGCAGCCGUGCAAGCGGCAAUUCUCACCGGUCAGGGCAGCGAGCGGGUUCAAGACUUGCUUCUGCUCGAUGUGACUCCGCUUUCGCUCGGUCUCGAGACAGCCGGAGGGGUGAUGACGGUGCUGAUCCCGCGAAACACGACGAUUCCGACCAAGAAAGAGCAGGUGUUUUCGACAUUUGCGGAUAACCAGCCGGGGGUGCUGAUUCAGGUGUACGAGGGGGAGCGGGCUCGGACCAAGGACAACAAUCUCCUGGGGAAAUUCGAGCUGUCGGGGAUCCCGCCGGCGCCGCGGGGGAUCCCGCAGAUUAGUGUUACUUUUGACAUUGACGCGAAUGGGAUUUUGAAUGUUAGUGCAGAGGAUAAGACGACGGGGCACAAGAAUAAGAUCACGAUCACCAAUGAUAAGGGGAGGCUGAGCAAGGAGGAUAUAGAGCGGUUGGUGCAGGAAGCUGAGCGGUACAAGGAGGAGGACGAGCAGGUGAAGAAGAAGGUCGAAGCAAAGAAUGCUCUCGAAAAUUACACAUACAACAUCAGGAACACCAUCCGGGAUGAGAACGUGGGCUCCAAGCUCCCAGCAGGGGACAAGAAGAAGGUGGAGGAUGCGGUUACCAGCACCGUCGAGUGGCUGGAUCACAACCAGCUGGCGGAGGUGGAUGAGUUCGAGGACAAGCAGAAGGAGCUGGAGGGGAUUUGUUCGCCGAUCUUCUCCCGCAUGUAUCAGCAGGGAGGGGGAGGAGGAGGGAUGGGUGGUGAUGAGCCGAUGGGCGGUGCUGGUCCUGGUGGUGCUGCUGGUGGCGAGAAGGGUCCUAAGAUCGAGGAGGUGGAUUAG